UCCCUUCCACCUCGGAUUGAUUAAUGUCUGCCCUUCCGUUUACUUGCAAGUCCUCAAAAUGCUACUGCGCUCUCUUCACCUUUACCUAUUUUUUUUUUCUUUUCUUUGUUAUUCCCGUAAAUUAGUUUCUGCUUAAUGAAUCAAUAACUAAAACAAAGAUAAUCAUAGUAGGUAUAUAUUCUUGGUCAAUUUCAUCCUUCUUUGUUUCCUUUUUUCUUUUUAUCUUCCAAAUGAAUAUCAGAUCUGUUGGGUUUUGCUGUCCUUACACUCUCUAAAGCUCCCGCCCCCUUCUUUUCUUUUUUCUUUUUUUUUUUCUCUGUUAUACUUCUUUAAACUCUUUCCUCUAUGGCAAUCAGAGGUGUCGAUUUCAAGUGGUAUGAUGGGUUCUUCUUGUCUAUGCUGGCUACAAGUGUAAUCAUUGUUGCUAUCAAUUGGAAGCGUUAUCAUCAUUGUACAUACCCGUUGCAUAUAUGGAUCGUGGUUGACUACUCUACUGUCUUCAUUUUUCGUCUUUUGAUGUUUGUAGAUAAUGGACUUGCCGCUGGAAUGGGUUUGGAUUUUGGGUGGCAGCAGAGGUAUGCUCGAUUUUGUGGAAGAAUAGUGGUCCUUUCAAUUCUGUCUAUGCUACUUUAUCCGUUUCUUUGGGCCUGGACUGUAAUUGGCACUCUAUGGUUCACUAGUGCUAGGAACUGUUUGCCAAAAGAAGGUCAGAAAUAUGGUUUCCUGAUUUGGCUGCUUUUCAGUUACUGUGGACUGCUUUGCAUUGCUUGUAUGUCUGUUGGAAAGUGGAUGACACGGAGACAAGCACACUUAUUACGUGCUCAGCAGGGUAUUCCUAUUUCAGAAUAUGGGGUUUUGGUAGACAUGAUUCGAGUACCAGAUUGGGCAUUUGAGGCUGCUGGUCAAGAGAUGAGAGGCAUGGGCCAAGAUACUGCACCAUACCAUCCUGGACUUUAUUUGACUCCUGCUCAGAGAGAAGCAGUGGAAGCACUCAUUCAGGAGCUUCCAAAAUUCAGGUUGAAGGCUGUUCCAACUGAUUGCAGUGAAUGUCCAAUCUGCUUGGAAGAGUUCCAUGUAGGGAAUGAGGUUCGUGGAUUGCCUUGUGCUCACAAUUUUCAUGUAGAGUGCAUUGACCAGUGGCUUAGACUGAAUGUGAAGUGUCCUCGAUGCCGAUGUUCUGUGUUCCCAAAUCUUGACUUAAGUGCCUUAUCCAAUCUCCGAAGUGCUGAUUCGGAACGGUCAUCUGCCAGCAUAGUCACAACAACCCAAUACGUGAGAACUCAGCCUCUCAGCCAGAGCUAUUUAUUGAGAUUGCAAGGUCUACUCCGCCCAGUCCGAACAGGCAAUGCUGGGGCACCAAGUGAUGCAGAUGUUGCUUUAGACACUGCUGAAAAUGGAGCCUUUAAUGUGGCAACUCAGGAUUCUACAGGCAGAGAAGCUGUAGGACAUGCGCUUGGUGGUCUCUCCACUCCACCACACCACUGAAUCUUUCUUUAACUUUCCCUCACAAUUUUUGCUACAUUUUUCUAACCUUUAGCCGAAAGAGGCUAGACGAUAAUGUUUUGCCCAUGGCCAUUGCUAAACGCCUGUUCUCUGUUGCUCAUUGUAACAAACGUUUUAUAAGUUGAGCUACCAGUAUAUCGAGCCCACUGAAUCACAGAUUACAUUGGAACAAAAUGUGUUCCACGUUUAUACUGACGUCUGAGGAGACGUUGCGGGCUGUGUUGAAAUUUUUGCACGUCCUGAUUUUAUGUUUAUACCUGAACUUAUCUGCCAUGUAUGUGAUUCGAAGUUUUAGCCCCAAACCUGCCUCGACACUAGGGGUGAGUAUUUGACCGAAUCGAAUGAAAAAAUUUCGAGUAAAUUGAAUUGAAGAAUCUAAUUUUAUCAUUCUAA